AUGAGCACCGAAGGUGAACUACAAGCCCAACGUCGUGACCAAACUCGCGAGCAGCGUCCAACCUUGUCAAGAGGAGGAUCUGUAUCCUCUCAAUCGUUUCAUGCGUCCUUAGGUUUGGGAUCUAAUUCUCCCACGCAACCAUCAACAACCCGCCACUGUCCUCCUGGUCAUUGUCCAGAGAGUCUAGAACACAUUCUGGUUGAGGUUCUCGAUCUCCCUCCAGAUGGUAUUCUUGCUCAAGCAUUGAAGCAUGCUAAAACUACCUGCUUCGUUGACCUCAUGGCUAUGACCGAUGUGGCGAUUGACUCUCUUGUUUAUCCAAGCAGUCAAACACCUAAUGAUGAAGGCAACUUCCAAGAUGAUCAACUUGCCCUGGUACCACUGUCCAUUUGCAGUCUCAUCAAGGUCAUCCAAGGGUACGUUUACUACCGCAAACAUGUCCAUAACGACCCUGUCAACCCUGACAACUGCAUGGAUAUUGACUACGGAAGUGUACUCGGCUAUAGAGCUUCUGGAGAGUUCUUAACUUUUGGUAAUAGAACUAUUCCACAACCUAUUAUCCAGAAACCAAGUCGUCGUACCCCUGCUGAUGAAUUCGAUAGAAGCAUCAGACGAGAACCGUCGUCUUUCCCUACUUUCAGCAAUGACAAGCAAUGGGAAAACUAUAAUCGUAAUCUCGCAGCCAUCUGUCGCACUUACGGUCUACAAAAUGUCCUUAAUCACAAGUACCGCCCACAAACUGUUGAUAAAAAGGACCUCUUUGACCGUCAGCAGGCGUUCAUGUAUCAAGUCUUUACCACGACUCUCCUCACCGAUAAAGGCAAGCAAUUUGUUCGUGAGCAUCAAGCAACCUUCGAUGCGCAGAAAAUUUACAAUCAACUUGCUAAAGCCUACACUAAGUCUGUUAAAGCUGAUGCCACCGCUACUGGACUUCUACAAUGGAUUAUGACCGCUAGGCUUGAUGAUUCAUGGCGCAACACACAUGAAUCAUUCAUCAUCCAUUGGCAAGAACAAGUACGCAAAUACCACACCUUGGCAGACAUUAGUCAAAGGAUGCCAGAAACCCAGCAACACCUGCUACUCGAACAAGCCCUUAUUGCUGUCCCUUAUCUCGAUGAGAUUCAGAGACUCUCUAGGAUUCUUGAGAUGCAAACGGGUAAGGCAAUCAUUUUUGAUGACUAUGUCACACUGGUGGAAUCUGCAGCCCAAAGUUACGACACUUGGCAAGUCUCCAAGCCUAAGCCAAAUACAAAUAAUCCUAGUAGAGACGUCUACUUUACUGGUGUUGAUUCCGGCUUAGACGAUGACAACCUCGAUAUCAAAUUUAACAUUGAUCCUGAUAUUGCACCGCUUCCUGAUAAAGCAAAGGCUGUUAUUCUUGGAGCAUCUUCCGAACCUGCAUGGCCGUCACCACCACCACUGCCCCCACCUCUGCCACCGCGCCGUUUGGUCAAUCUUCAUGACAUCACGGCUGCUGAACUCCUCGACCACUUCCAGGAUGGGAGCAUGGGGAGUGCUUCUGGUGCUCUUCCUCCUGAAGUGGUUGAUAAUGCCAGAGACAACAUCUCAGGGUAUGUGACUGAACGUCAAUCUCUCAGACCUGGAGGAGCAAACGGUGGAAUUGCUGGUGAUGAUGUGACCACCUUGUCUCAAACAAAUCGUUCUGUAGAGGUUCGAGCCAUAGAUGAUCAUCAACUAACGGAUGUGUCCAUCAAAACCCUACCACACAUUGUCUUAACCUCUGACAAGAAUUGGGAUCCUGGUGUUCUAGACUCCAGAGUGGAUGAAUUUGAUCCCAAACCUGACGAUGGAUUGGAAGAUCUAGAUCCCAAAGUGGACGACAUUGACAAAUGGACCGACUGUAUCACUGGCAAUGGAUUGGAAGGAGCUAAGAGCCGUUUUGAUCAAGUAGAUAUCCUCAAGAGACAUUUUAUUUUUGAUGAAGCUAUUUUUGACGAAGCCAUACACUUCUUUGAAACUUUUCAGUAUUCAUCACCGUUUGAUGAACCGUACAAGGAUUCCGAAUGUACAGAUACCGGAACAGAUUGCCCAGAUACUGGACCGGACUAUUUUGAGGACACAUUAGCUAUUGACAUACCUUCCAAACGUCGAUGUAACACAAGUUGCAAGGUUUGUUUUGGUCAUGGUAUUUGGCCCGGCAAUGGGGAGCAACCAGACACUGGACCUCCACAAAGAAACAAGCAAGGGCACAAGACUUUGCCACUAGCUGAUACUAUGGUGUACAAGAACCCAAGCUCAGCAGUGAAGUCUCAUGAACGCAACUGGGAGCGACUACGUCAAUAUUUUGCGUGGUUACCUAAGCAUUCUUUUCACUGUACUACUACUGAUCUGGCUAGAUCUCCCACGAACGCCCACCAUGAACACAAAUAUCGUCCUCUGUCUCCACUUCCAGAGCCAAUCAGUUGCAUGGUCGUCUUGGUAGGCAUCGCCAAGCAUGAUUGUCACGACAUGACCAACAUAUUUCUGUUUCUUGAAACAAACAACGUCUUGUUACCUUCUGACAUCUGCUCUGCUCUACCACCUACCGGACUACACAAACGUCUUGUUCUACCUGAUGGGGAGGAGUUAGUGCUCCCUACAAUAACCAAAUCAAUUGAUCUAUCUGAUGGGGAGGAGUUGACACCCCCUCGCAAAAUCAAAUCUAGAGACCAUAAGUCCCUCAAGACCAUUGUUCAUUCUAGUGAUGCUGAAUCAGAGAUAGAAGACGUUCUUUUAGAAGAAAAGGACCUCAUUGGACAGACUUUCCUUCUCUCACCAGAUGAUGAAGGUUAUGUUCAACGUGCUAAGAUUGUUGAGCUUAAUUAUAAGCACAAUUGCAACACGGACAUUCAGCCUGCACGCAUUCAACUAUGCUUGAACAUUGAUAAAGGCAAAUAUGAACAUGUUAUGGCUUACCAUGAGAUCCACAAGUGGUCAGAAACUGACAAGGACAACCCCAUAGAUACAAAGCUGAAGCAAGUUGUAUGCCACCAUCACUACAUUUGA